AUGUCGUUGGAUCCGCGGUUUUAUAAUAGCAUAGCCCAUCUCCCACCGAGACCUCCCAUGUCGCAUUCGUCGUCCAACUACCCGCCCGAAUAUGGAAGCUUCGCCCCCAGUAUGGCUUCUUUUACGUCUGCGUCUGUUGCCGGGAUGAGGUCGACUGCCUCGAGUCCGUCGUUGCGAUCGAAGGAGCGAGUCAUGGCACCCGUCACUCGGCCAGGAACUCCCGUCACUGCCGGUGGAGGGGGCAAUGUCAAAGUUGUCGUCAGAGUCAGAGGGUUUUUACCGCGAGAAAUCCAACGGGGCACACGAUGUUUAAUUCGAAUGAAUCCUGCUACUCAGAGCACGACACUGCUUGGCUCGUCAGAUCAAACCCCCAAGUCCCAGAGUCGCAGCAAAGUAGUCGAAGACAAGGCCUUUACGUUUGACAAUUCUUUCUGGUCCCAUGAUGACAACGAUCCCCACUAUGCAACGCAGGAAGAUGUGUAUAACUGCUUGGGCGAGGAGUUUCUCGAUCAUAAUUUUGAAGGCUACCACACGUGCAUUUUUGCUUAUGGUCAAACAGGUUCCGGCAAGAGUUAUACAAUGAUGGGCACCCCAGAUAACCCUGGUCUGAUCCCGCGAACGUGCGAAGACCUUUUCCAGCGAAUCGAGAAUUCAGAGUCGCCUGACGUUACAUAUCACGUUCGGGUAUCAUAUUUCGAGGUUUAUAACGAACACGUCCGCGACUUGCUCGUCCCCAGAACCGACCCACCUUACUAUCUAAAAAUCCGAGAGUCCCCUAUAGAUGGCCCCUAUGUCAAGGACCUGACUGACGUUCCGGUCCGAAAUUUCGCAGAAGUGAUGCGAUACAUGAGAAAAGGAGAUACAUCUCGUACGACAGCUAGUACCAAGAUGAAUGAUACCAGCUCGCGAUCCCAUGCAGUUUUCACGAUUAUGUUAAAACAAAUACAUCAUGAUCUCGCCACCGAUGAGACGAUUGAGCGAACAGCGAGGAUCCGGCUUGUGGACCUUGCUGGUUCAGAACGAGCAAAAGCAACCGAAGCGACUGGUCAACGUUUGCGCGAAGGCUCAAAUAUCAACAAAUCUCUCACGACUCUGGGCCGUGUGAUAGCCGCUCUAGCGGACAAUAAACCAGGACGGCCGCGUAAAAACAAAGAUAUUGUCCCUUACCGCGACUCUAUCCUGACAUGGCUGCUCAAGGACAGCCUAGGAGGAAACUCAAAAACGGCGAUGAUUGCAUGUAUAGCUCCAUCCGAUUAUGACGAAACUCUUUCAACGCUCCGCUACGCUGAUCAGGCGAAACGCAUCCGAACUCGCGCGGUUAUUAACCAGGACCACGUUUCAGCAGCGGAGAGAGAUGCGCAGAUUGCUGAAAUGGCUGAAACGAUUCGCACUCUUCAACUAAGCGUCAGCCAGCAAUCGGUCAGCAAGCGAGACAUGGAAAUGCAAAAUGAAAAGCUUGAGGAAUAUCAGAAACAAGUAACAAAACUACAGAGACUGAUGGAAGAAACCAAGAUGGUCAGCGAGAACAAGAUCCGGCAGCUUCAAACCGAGAACGAGGCCCUGAGACUUCAUCUCCACCUUGCAUUGGACAGUCUGAAAAAUCCGAUACCACCCGUUGAAGUGAUGAAGCGGCGUAACAGGAACAGCAGUUUGACCUUGGCAUCGGAGAAGGACGAUAUCCAAAGCGAGAAAUGUUUUGAGAAGGAGAACAUGGCACCACAAGAGCCUCCGGAUCUUAUUUGGGAAGACUCCGCCAGCGAACUCGAUAUCGAAGUCCAAGCUGAGAUGGAGGAUCUUCUGUCAGACCUGAGCUUCUUCCGGCGCAAACUGGCGGACGAUUGCGAAAGAUUUGGUGUUAAACGGCGACGUCGCGGAGACCGCAAAACGCUUUGCGAAGUGCCGAUGAAUAGAUGA